AUCACAGCCCACAUCACUCCCUACAUUGAAAGGCGCCUGCAGCCGACACCACCAACCACCAGGCACCAUGUCAUACGGCUCCAUUGACGGAGGCUCUUUUGGCAGUCGCAACCCAUUUGGAGGUCCUACGAGGCAGGGCUACCAACCAGUAGCCACUCAGGUCAGCCCCUCAGAGCUGCAAGAUGUGUUUCAGGAGACCUCCUCCAAUAUCUUCCAGAUCAACGCCAACGUUGUCAAACUUGAGAAGAACCUUCAGUCACUGGGAACAUCCAGAGACACAGCAGAGCUACGACAGAGUCUUCACUCCAUGCAGCAGCAAACCAACAAAGUCAUCACCAGCACCAGCCAACUGGUGAAACAGCUCUCUGAUAUCAUCACUGGCUCAUCACGGCAAGACCGUCUGCACCUGACCCGACUAAAGACUGAGCUCUCAGAGUCCGUGCAGCGCUAUGGGGACCUGCAGAAGAAAAUUGCAGAGCGCUCAAGAGCCUUGCUACCUCCAGCACAGAAAGACAUGAAGAAGAGUCCUCAGUCCCCGUCCACUGAGCAGAUGGAGGAGGGUCCCCUGUUUGGAGAAGCAGUCAGUCCAGAGGGAGGAGCUCAGGCGUUCCUGUCUGAGAUCAGUGAGGAGGACGUGGAGGUGCUUCGCCAACGAGAGGAAGCCCUGCUGCAGAUCGAAAGAGACAUGCUGGACGUCGGUCAAAUCAUGAAGGAUCUGGCCAGCAUGGUCCACGAACAAGGAGACGCCAUAGACAGCAUCGAAGAUUACAUCCAGACGACAUCAUCCAACGUGGAAUCAGCCAAUCAGGAGCUAGCGAAGGCUAACCAAUACCAGAGGCAGCUUAGGAAGAGGAAGUGCUACCUUCUGGUGGCCGGAGCCAUCGUCCUCACCAUCCUCAUCAUCAUCAUUGCUGUUUCAGCAAGAAAAUGAGACCGGCUGCUAUGGUAGCUGCUGUCAUUACCGUGUCACCACAGUGCUUCUGCCCAGUCUGAUCCCUGACCUGAGCAGCUGGUUUCCAGUAGGAGGGAGCUGCCCUGCAACAACAUCUCUACUCCAUCAUCCCUGCCGCUGUUUACAUGUGCAUCAGUCUAGGGAUGGAGGCCUUUCUCAGCAUACCAAUUUGCCAAGAGUAAGCCCAAGUUGGAGCCUCUCUUGUAAUCAUCAUUGUGCUCUUUUUUCCCUUUUUUGUCACUGCUGUUUGUGUCACAGCAGUCUGUUAUUUGUGCUUGUGACUCAAAGGUUAUCACCGAAGCUAAGGUCACAAUUUGAAUUUAGGGAUUACAUCAGAGGCACAAACUGGGUUGUUUCCUGUCUUGGAAGUCUACUGAGGAGGUUGUAUAUCAGGAACCUUCAGCUCCUAACUGUGGUGAUUCAUCAGGAACCAGAUGAAGGGGGGCAGGAGGUGAAACAAAGCAGCUUGAUCUUUACAAUCUUCAUUGCUGUACUGUAUGUUCUGUUACCUGUAUGUAUUUUUACUGAAAUUGACUUCAUUUAUUAGUUUGUAGUGUGAAUUAAUUAGUAUUAUAUUGUAGCAUUUGUUGAUAAUGGUAAAUAAUGUUUGACCAAAUAUAUCUUCCCAAAUAAAAGUCUUAGUUCAACAGCAACAGAAAGUUCAUCCUGUGUUUGUGUUGUUUGACCA